UGGCUGCGACGUAAAUAAUCUCGAGGUUUCCGGGAUGAAACAAUGCUCUCCCUCAAUUGAAGACGGUGUCAGGCAGCGAUGACGUUAUGAAUAAAUUUGUCACCGUUAUAAUUUCGCUUUAACCGGGUCAUGACGGAGUAGCUGUGUCAUAAGGCUUUGUUAUUGUUGUUGACAGUCGAGGACUAAAGCUAACGUUAGAUAAGUUGAGCUCCAGCUAACCCACGUCUUUCCUCGGGGCUGCCGACUACAAGCAUGCCAAAGGAGGCAGACCACCUUGAGGAUGGAGGAGACAAGGAGUCGAAGGAGGAGAGCACACAGGGGACUUCUCAGGAGACAGUGAGGAAGAGAGUCCGGGCAGAUACUCCGAGCCGGCAUGCAGAGGACUCUCCACAAGCCAGCCCUCCCAGGUUUGUCUCUGUGGAGGAGAUGAUGGAGACGGCUAAAAGAGUCACCAACAUGGCUUUGGCUCAUGAAAUUAUGAUCAACCAGGCUUUUCAAGUCAAACCUGCAGAACCUCCUGAAGGAAGUUUGGAGCGCAGAGUGAAGGAGAUUAUGCACAAAGCAUUCUGGGAUUGUUUGGAAACACAGUUGAAGGAGGAGCCACCAUCUUAUGGACACGCCAUCAAACUACUCGCUGAGAUCAAAGAGACACUGCUGUCUUUCUUGCUCCCGGGCCACGGUCGUCAGCGCUCCCGUAUCGAGGAGGUCCUGGACCUGCCUCUAAUCCAGCAACAGGCUGAGAAUGGAGCUCUUGACAUCGGUCGACUGUCCCAGUUCAUCGUUGGGAUGAUGGGCUCGCUGUGCGCCCCCUGCAGAGACGAGGACAUCAAUAAGCUAAAGGAGAAUACAGAUAUUGUGCCACUGCUCAAGGCGAUAUUCUCAGUUCUGGACCUGAUGAAGGUAGACAUGGCUAACUUUGCCGUGAGCAGCAUCAGGCCUCAUCUGAUGCAGCAGUCUGUUGAGUAUGAGAGGAACAAGUUCCAGGAGUUUCUGGAGACACAACCAAAUGCCUUAGACUUCACUGAGAAGUGGCUUGAGGACACAGUGAAAAGCCUGAGAGAGGCUGGGGUGGAUGGCUCUAGUGCUGCCUCGUCUGAACCUCCCUCACUCCUCCCCCUUAAUGUCCAUAAUCAGGCCUAUCUACGUCUGCUGAGGUGGGACCACGCCUCAGACCCCUUCCCAGAGACCAUGUUGAUGGACCAGGUUCGGUUCCAGGAGAUGCAGCAUGAGGCUGAUCGGUUAGUUCUUCUCUCCGCCCUGCUCCUCAUCGUCUACACUACAACAGGGGAGGCCAUCUCAGGCCUGCCCGGGCUGAUGGAGACUCUGAAAAACACCAUCAACAUUAUGCUUGCUGACAUGCACACGCCGUCUUUCAGUGCACAGGAGGCCUUAGCGACCAUCGGAGAGAAACUGUGUGUUGAGCUAAGUCAGUGUCUAAGCCAACAUGGCUACUCUCCAUUCUCUGCUAACCGAAAGAGCAUUCUGAAGGGACAGAUCUCAGCCACCAUCCAACCAGACAACACAGUCCGCAAGCUGAUGGAGUCUCGGGUUCAGACCUAUCUCCUGGCUUCCCUGGAGUUCAGUCAACAUAAGACCCCUCCUCCUCUCCCAGGAGGUCUGUCUCCGGUCAGCAGGGAGCUGAAGGAGCUCGCUGUUCACUUCAGUCGCCUUGUCACCUACAACAAGCUGGUCUUCUCCCCGUUCUACCAAAAAAUUCUCCAGAAAAUACUGACGGCAGGGGAGAGUCCUGGCACAGAGAUGUAAACACUACAAUGUGGAUUAAUAAUGAUGUGGACGGCUGUCUGUAGUUUCCCUUCACUAGUAACAUUUAAGAUUUAGAGAGAGAAGUCGAGGAAGCUGAUCUGUAAUCAGCGGGUAAAGCCAGCACCCAAGAGCGUGCACCUCAAACUGACAUAAUCAAAAAAACACUGGCUACCAUCUCAGUUGCAUUAACUCACAGUGUUGCUUAUUUGAUAAAUCUCAGGCCUCAUAAUUGUGACCUCACGGUAGUUUUCCUGCAUACACUUGUGGUCAGUAUUACUAGAAAGGCCGGGUACCAUUCAGUAGUUUGAUACUCCAGCCAGUACAAUAACCGGGUUUUAGUACAAAUACUAGAACAAGACUUAGUGUUAUAGUUACCAUACUCUGCAUAAUAUAAACAUAUUUCUUUUUACUAAAAAACUAUGGCUAGGUACAGUAUGAAAUUUACAAAACCAUAAAGUAAACUCUAGGAUAUGUAAUGAAAGAUUAGGUCAACAAGAAAAGGAUCAGGGCCUUCAUUUAUCAAGUGUCUCAGAGUAAGAAAUCAGUCCUCACUGGCCAACAGUUUUCAGACUGAAGCAUAUUCGGUCCUGUUUUUGAGUCGAGAAGCAUUUUAUCAAUGUUCCUAACCCAGGAAACCGCUCCUAUCUCUGCCAGUAUUUAGGAGAGGCACAGAGGUGUCCCAACCUGUCAGGAGCUGCCAGGAGGAGAUUCAGGCAGAGACAUACGGGCACAUUCCAUUCAUGGAGAGAAAACUUUGAAAUACUUGAUGGCAAUGGGAAAGCGUCUCUGCGUGAAUUACAACCAACUACUUCUGCAGUAAUAAUUAAAGCUGUGAUUACUCAGCAGCACCUCAGAUACAGUAAAAUACAGAUUCAUUUAUUUCCCCAACACACUGUGUGAAGUAUUAGCAAAACCAGCUGCAAAUUUCUGGUUUAUUUAUUUAUUUGCUCAUGUAUUUAUUUAUAUUUGGAAGGGCCAUGAUAUUUCAGAAACGUGUUCAUUUUGUUACACUUACCAAGAAGUGGCAGAGAUUUAAGUCAUUUCUUAGAUUAAAAAAAAUGAUAAAAUUGUCUUAUUCUGAAGAAAGUAGGACCAAAUAUACAUUGCACAUAUAAUUUUUGACCAGGAGUGAUUCCCUACACCCAGACACUUGAUAAAUAAAAAGCCUAGCUAAGUAUUCAGUAACAGCUUUCAGAGUUUAAUCAGUACUCAAAAAAGAUGUGGCAGUUGUGUAGGACAUCAAGUUACAGAGAAUAAACAAGACAACAGAUGACUGCAUGCUUCCUUUUUACUGCAAUUGUAGGAUAAUGCUGAGACAGUGGAUACAAAGACUCUUUACACAGUUUCAUUUUUUUCUUAGGCUUGAAAUCAAAUGAUUCUUAUUUGGGUUUAUCAGAUUUACUUUGUUAGAGUAAGAGAAAACUAGAGGGGCACUCAGAGAGCACAGACCUCCGCCAAGGCCAUUGUCAAACAGCAUGCAACAGAUUUCAGAGAAAAAAAAAUUCAAAUUCAUAGUAAAUGAUCCAAUCUGCCCCAAAAUUUUAUGGGUUCUCUCCUGGCCCAUGACCCAUACCUAUAGCAAGACGAUGCAGUGUCUAAAUGUUAUUACUAAAUUCCAAAAAAGUCAGUAGUGCGGUCCUUAUCUAAAUUUGUGAAUUACCACUUCAGUGUAGCUUCAACUUUUUAAACUUUAUUUUCACACAGAUUCAGGAACACAAAGGGUGUGUAGACUUUUUAUAUCCACUGUAUGUAUACAAAUAAGAUGAAUGUAACCAGACCAGAAUAAAUUCCACCGAGGGGAAGCCAGACCGGUGUUAUGGACCAACUUGAACUGUUUAAUUGUUACUUUGUUUUUUUGAAUUAACUUCACUUAUUUAUAACAUUUCUGAUGAUUUAUAAGAUGUUUAGAAUAUUACUUCUGACAAACACUUUGCUUUGCUUUUGAAUCUGACAUUUCUGAUGUAUAUUUUAAUUUAAUCAUAAUUAUAGUGGUUGUAACAUUUCAUCACUCCUUCAGGCAGAAUUACAUUGCUUGUUCCACAAAUGACUAACAUGUUCACUGACAACACAUCAACUCCACUUAUUUGUCUCUGAAUGUUCAUCCAACAUACCAAUAAAGCACUGUUUGU